AUGCUUUCUGUCACCUUCUCUGUUCUUGUGAUCCUUUUAGUGUGCAGGAGGACCAGUGGAGACUCAGUGACCCAGACAGAAGGCUUGGUUACUUUCAGAGAGGGGACACCUCUGAUCCUCAACUGUACUUACCAGAGCACUUACUCAAAUGUCUUUAUUUUCUGGUAUGUCCAAUAUCUCAAUAAAGCCCCUCAGCUACUUCUGAAGAGUUCAACACAAAGUCCCAAGUCAGAGAACCGGAUUUCCAGGCAACUCUUGUUAAGAGUAACAACUCCUUCCACCUUCAGAAAUCUUCACUCCAGCUGUCAGACUCAGCUCUGUACCUCUGCGCUCUGGGAGACACAAUUACUCUUUGUAUGCCAGUUGGUGUUGGUGUUAGGAGAUCUGCAUAUCCCUCACCGGUGCAACAGUUUCCCAGCUAAUUUCCAAAAACUGCUGGCACCGGGAGAGAUACAGCACAUUCUCUGCACUGGAAACCUUUGCACCAAAGAGAGUUAUGACUAUCUCAAGACGGCUGGUGACUUCCGUAUCCUGAGCGGAGACUUCGAUGAGAACCUGAAUUACCUGGAACAGAAAUUUGUGACCGGGGGACAGCCCAAAAUAGGUUUGAUCCACGGAGAUCAGGUCAUUUGGUGGGGAGACUUGGCCAGCCUGGCCCUGCUGCAGAGGCAGUUCGAUGAGGACAUUCUUAUCUCAGGACACACUCAUAAAUUUGAAGCAUUUGAACAUGAAAAUAAAUUCUACAUUAACCCAGGUUCUGCCACUGAGGCAUAUAAUGCCUUGGACACAUAUAUUAUUCCAUCGUUUGUGCUGAUGGACAUCCAGGCUUCCACAGUGGUCACAUACAUCCAUCAGCUAAUUGGAGAUGAUGUGAAAGUAGAAAGAAUUGAAUACAAAAAGUCUUAAAGCCAGUCUGUCUUGAUUUUUUUCAUUACUCUGUUCAAAUCAAGCAAUUAAACAUUUAAGAAUCAC